GACUUAUGACCCAAGCUGAGUACUCACAAGAGAGAGAAAAAAGGGCCCAACAAAUCUCCAUUGCGCACCCCCCCUUCUUCUAACCUAGAUCCGUUUCUUCAUGCUGCUGUCCUCCCUUACGUCAGUCCAGUUUCCAUUUCCAUCCGGAUCGGGCGAACCGCCAACAACUUCCUCCUCGUCCUUCUUUCCUACCACCACCGAGAGACUCGCGUUGAUAAACCCCAGAUCCCACCCUCCGUGCUGCUCCUUUCUUAAUUUCUGACAUCCGCUAGCUCUUCUCGAUCCGCCCACGCGGAUAUCGCUCUCCGGCGUCCACCUCUUUUGUUCUGCGGCCGAACUUCAAUAGGUGGACAGGGACAGCGACGGCGACAGCGACAACGACGGCGACACAAAAUGACCACCCCGCGCUGCUUCAUCGUUCGGCACGGCGAGACAGAAUGGUCCCUCUCAGGAAAACACACGGGCACCACCGACAUCCCCCUGACCAAGGACGGGGAGAAGCGAGUGCGUACAACGGGGAAAGCUCUGGUCGGUGACGAUAGGUUGAUCGUGCCCAAGCAGCUGGUCCAUAUCUACGUCUCCCCCCGGCACCGCGCGCAAAGAACGCUCGAACUCCUCAAUCUCGGCUGCCACCAGCCCUACCCGUGGCAAUCGCCCUCCAACAACACCUCGGCCCACGACCCGCCGCCGCCGCUGCCGCCGCCGCCGCACCGCACCAACGCCGACGUGACCAUCGACGCGCGCAUCGCCGAGUGGGACUACGGCGACUACGAGGGCAUCACGAGCGCCGAGAUCCGCGAGCUGCGCAAGAAGCAGGGCUUGGGGCCCUGGGACAUCUGGCGCGACGGCUGCCCCGGCGGCGAGUCGCCGCAGGACAUCAUCGACCGCGUCGACAGCCUGAUCCGCGAGAUCAGGGACAAGUACCACGCCAAGGUCAUCGGGAAGCCCAAGCAGCCCGGCGUCACGGGCGACGUCCUGGUCGUCGGCCACGGCCACAUCCUGCGCGCCUUCGCCGUGCGCUGGAUCGGCAGGCCGCUCACCGAGACGGCCAUGAUCAUGGAAGCCGGCGGCGUGGGCACCCUGAGCUACGAACACCACAACAUCCACGAGCCCGCGAUAUUGCUUGGUGGAGGCUUCGUCGUGGGAGACGACAAGGAGGAGAUUGAGAUGACCGAGAAGGAGGAGAAACAAGCAAAGUCAUGACACUAUUAGUAGCCCUUUUUUGGUUUUGCAAGCCCCCUUUCCUCAAUGCUCCAGCUCUGUCGUACCAACGUAAGAGCCCACCCCCUCCUUUUCUGCAGCUCACGUGGCAUGCACGCGCGGAAGAGAACCUAUCUGAGGUUGUCAUGUACCGCUUCGGACCUAGAAUUUAGAAGACAUGGGUUGUUGACUUGACUCACAAGAGCUCAAGAAUCCAACGUUGUUGAAAAAGACAAGCC